AUGUCCAACUCCCACAAAGGCGGCUCCCUCUCCGACAUGGCCCCCGAGGGCACCUCCAUCCCCAACGACGCCGGCAUCCAGAAUACCAUCCCCUCCGUCCCGCGUCCGGACCAGCUGUCCGAGAGCUCCCACUUCGACUUCGACGGCGUCUCGCAGCCCUCGACUGCCUUCGCGGCUGACAACGCCACCGACAUGCCGCGCGGGCCACGCGACAUGGGUCCGACCGGAGAAGUCGUCACCGGCACGGGGCACACGUUCCCCGCGGAGGGAGAGACGAAGCGCAAUGAGAUCGGGGCGAACUGGCCCGGGGCGAAGGGACAUGUUCGCGAUCUGAAGCAUUCGAAUAAGAACCGGGGUGCGUAUGAUCGGUUUGCGGAGGAGUAA